AUGAGUGUAAAUUCAACAAUUACAAUCCAAACAAGAGCAUCUCGAUUGAAUACCUUAAUUUUAAAUCGUCCGGAAACUUUAAAUAAGGAACAGAAGGAAGUUUGCAGCGCAAUCAAUCGAGAAGGACUACUCGAUGCUUUGUUUCUGCUGUAUGAUGAAUGCAGUAAAGAUGCUUUGAAAAAGCGACAUAAAAAUAUUCAAGAUUUUGCUUCAAAAUAUCGACCGAUUAUUCGAGAAACUAAGCAGCUACGAGUAGGAUUAAAUGACUUUGAUGUUAAAUCUCAAAUUGGAAACGGUUAUUUCGGAGAAGUUCAUCUCGUAACUGAAAAAUGUACAAAAGAUGUUUAUGCGAUGAAAACCAUCAAAAAGGCUUUUGUAAGCAAUUGCCAAAUUCGCGAAGAACGAGAUAUCAUGGUUUUAGGCAGGAAGUGUGAAUGGAUCACUAGAUUACAGUAUGCAUUUCAAGAUCGUGAACAUCUCUAUUUAGUUAUGGAAUAUUUGCCUGGCGGUGACUUAUUAGGCUUAAUGAUUCGACAUGGAGCAUUUGAUGAGGAAUUAGUAAGAUUUUAUCUUGCAGAAAUAGCACUUGCAAUUAAUGCUUUACAUACUCUCGGAUUUGUCCAUCGUGAUAUUAAGCCUGAAAAUCUAUUACUCGAUCGCUGUGGUCAUUUAAAAUUAGCUGAUUUUGGAUCAUCAAUUGCGUUAAGUGAGGAUGGAAGCUUUAUUAGUAUUACUCCAGUCGGUACUCCAGACUACAUAGCACCAGAAUUACUUCAAAUCCUCUCAACAAAAGGCAAUCAAACUUGCAGCAAACUUGAUGUUUCGUGCGAUUAUUGGUCAAUGGGAAUUAUUGGAUACGAAAUGAUAGUUGAAAAGACACCAUUUCAUAAUGAAAAUGUGUUUGAUACCUAUCAAGUCAUUCAACAUUAUUCGGAUGAUAAAAGAUUAAUGCAAGUCUUGGAAUUUCCAAAGGAUGUUAGAAUGACUAAAAAUCUUAAAGAUCUCUUAAAUGGAUUAAUCACAAAACGUAGUCGUCGCAUGGAUUAUGAUGAAAUUUCGGACCAUCCAUUCUUUAAUGGAAUCAAUUGGCAUUCGUUAAGAGAACAAGUACCUCCAAUAAUUCCAACUCUUAAUGGUGAAGAUGAUACAUCUAAUUUUGAUGAUGUUGACAAGUCACAAAAGAGGUGUCCAGUAUUUAAGAAAUCAACAUUUGCGUCAAUAAAUACGACAGAAUUUUCUGGAGAGGAUUUACCAUUUUUGGGAUAUACUUAUGUCUAUGAAGAGUCUUCAAAGUUUUUGAAAGCAACGCCAAAGUCAUCGACAGCACAUUUGGAGUCAAAAAUGUCAAGCAAAAUAACAGAUUUACAGCUUACAAUUAAGGAGCAAAUGAGAGAAAUUAAAUUACUUCAAAAGGAUGUUUUUUGUGCUGAAAAGAAGGCAGCUCAGAUGAGUUCAUUAGAGAAAAUUUACAGCGAGACAAAAGAAGAUUUUGAUUCCAUAAAAUCAGAACUAAAAGAGAAAAUUACAGAGCUUGCAUCAUGCAAAACUGAAAUUAAAACUCUCAAGACAUCCUUAAAAAUUGAAGAGGAAAUGAGGAUGAAAAGUAAUGCUGCAAAUGCAGAAAUUAUGCAACAAACUUAUGAAAAAUGGGAUAAAGCCAAGACAAGGUCAGAUGAGAAUUUUUUAAAGCAAAUAGCUGAAAAGAAAAGUGAAUUAUCGGAAAUGAAUGAAAAGGCUAGAAUCCUCGAGAUGGAAUUGGAUGAAAAAAUCAAGGAAUGUCAGCAUCUAAAUAUUACUCUCGAAAAAUACAAAAAUAUGCUCAAAAAAUCAAAAGAACAAGCUAUAUCCGAUAAAUCAGACUAUGAAGAUGUUUGCCGAAAAUUAACUGAAAAUUCCGAAUUCAAAGUUCAAGAACUAAAGACCAAGUUAAGUGCUGAAACUAAACUCCGAUCAGAACAAGAAAAAAUCAUUAAAAAUUUGCGUAAAGAGCUCAAUGAAGCAACAGAUUGCAAUAACACAAUGGUUGAUUCAAAAGAUAAAACAGAAAUGGAACUGACGGCAACAAGAAAGCAAUUAGGCAAGGAAAUUGAUGAAAAUAAUCGACUACAGAAGGAAAAGAAGGAAUUAGAUAAGCAAGUUAAUGAAGCUAAUCAAAAUAAUGACGAUUUAAGAAAGGAAAUCAUUAAAUUGCAGGAAGAAAACAUCAAAAGACAGUUGAAGCUUUCCAAGACAGUAACACAGCCAAUUCAAAUUGGAGGAUCUAGAAAUAGUUUUGAAGAAUUCCAAAGUGCUCACGGUAGUUUGACAGAAUUGAAUGUCACAGACACAGAAGACUUAAAGAAUGAUUUAAAACGUGCCAGAGAAAAUGAGGACAUCCAACGUCGUAGAGCUGAUAAUUUAGCACAAGUCGUUGAAAAAUUGGAACAAGUUGUUAAGAAAUUAAAUGCGACAACUGAUAAUACAGUCGGUGGGAUGCUAGAAAAAAAGAAUGAAAAAUUGGAAGGAGAUUUAGCUGCAGCACGAGAACAGACGAUUAUUGAUAGACAACAAACAAAAUCGACAUAUCUACAAUUGUAUAAACUUGAAAAGGAAGUUGACGACUUAAAGCUUGAAAAAACAAUGUUUAAUAGAAAGCUUGAAUCAGCAAAUGAGAAAUGCUCAAAGGCUAUUCAUGAUAAGGAAAGUUUGGAAUUAAAACUUAAGCAACAGAUCGACAUUAUCAGCACAAAAGAAUCACAAAUUAUUGAUCUACAAAAGGACAUCAGAAACUUUAAAUAUGAGUUAAAGCAAGAACGCGAAAAAUGGAGCUCAUCAGAACGUGAUCGUUUGGCUGAAAAAACUGAAAUUAUCGAAAAAUCGUCAAAGAUUAAGAAUUUAGAAGAAAAGUUGAGAGAAUCGACAAAUAAAGUUCGUUUGUUGGAACUUAAAGUAUCUCAAUUGUCAGACGAAAAGGAAAUCCUACAAAGAAGAUUAAAUGAAGAAAAGUCUCAAAGUCAAACAUUCGAUGAAACUGUGCAGGAACUGACCACUGAAUUAAAACAAAAAACUCGAAAUUAUGAACUUCUUAUGGAGGCAGCAGCAACAACAGAAACUCAAUUAAAUAUGAUUGAGGAAAUGCUUAAUAAAGAAGUCCAUCAUAAUAAGACAAAUAGCGAAAAAAUUGAUGACUUAUAUAUGAAGCUACGUAGCCGUGAUGAUGAAAAUUCAAAGCUUAAAAAAGAAUUGAGUAAAGAAAAGACAUUAAAAAUGACAGCAGAGUCCAGCAGAUGCCAAUUACAGAACGAAUUGGACGAAAUGAAAGAAGAACUUCAAAAUGUUCAAAUGCGAAUGCUUGAAAUACAGAAUCAAUUAGUCAAAAAACAAGAAGUCUUGUAUGAAGCACAAGAAAAUAUCGAAAUAUCUAAUUCUGAUUUGCAGCAUCUUCAAAAAUUAAAGUCAAAUUAUGAGAACGAAAUUGUCAUUCUGAAGCAAGAAACUACAAGAAUAUUGACAGAUUUUUAUCGAUCAAAAGAAGCAGAAAAGAGAUUGUCAAUGGAACUAAAAGAUGCACGUAUCGACAUUGAUGAAUUAGGCCAAGAAAAAGAUCAUCUUAAUACUUUAUUGAACGAAUUAAAGACUCAUUCAAAAGAAAGGGACAUUAGAACAGAAGCAACAGUCAUGCAGCAAAAGAAACUAAUUGACUAUUUGACUAAACGUGUCGAGGAACUUCAAAAUAAGAAAAAACGUGGAAUUGCUGAAGUUCUUUUCGGAUCUAAUACAAACAGCACUCCAGUUCAUCCACUACAGACACCAAAAAGUGCUAGAAAGGAAAAUAUCCCGCCAAAUCCAAUAUCCGAAAAUAAAAAUUACAAAAAGAUUGAGGAAGAUCUUAAACGUGAAAAGGAAAGGAAUCAAAAGUUAAAAGAAAAUUUAAUGCUUACUAAAUUAGAAAUUAGAAAAAGUGCCAGUAUGAAAUCACCAGAAAAAGAAACGGCAAUUCUUACAAGAGAAUCAACAAUUGAAUCAAUAGCACCAAGUAUUUUAGAAGAAUCUGUAAAGACAAUAAUAGCAACAGUACAUGCAGAGCCAAGUGUAAAGCUGCAAAGGGAAAAUUUUCAACGUGACUCGUCUUCAUCACCAAAAUCUCACCAUUUUGCCAUGACAAUUGAGACUGCUUCACCAUCGCCAAAUAUUCCACCAACAACUUGUUUAGCAUGCGAUAAAUUUAUACUUGUUGGACAGCCAUAUUGGCAGUGUAAGGAAUGUAAAUUGUCUGUUCACAGAAAAUGUCGUGGAAUGGUUAAAAGUUCAUGCCUUAUGAAUGAUGGAAUGAUCUCGUCUUCAUCAGAAACUACUUCUACAUCCACAACAGCUACAUUAAAUGACAGUCGACGACGUAGCAAAAAGAUUCAAUUAGAUGACGUUGAUGGAAUCAAGGCAUUUGAUGAUUUAUCAUCGAUUGGUAGUGGCAGUGACUUGAUUCUUAAUUCUUAUAGUGGCGAUCAUAUUUUAUGUUCCUCAAGAUUUGGUCUUGGAUGGGUUAUGACUUCAUCUCCCAAGAUUAAUGCUGUUUAUGAGCUGACCAAAAAUGUCAUUCUUUUCGGCUGCUCGAAUGGACUCUAUUCUUACCACAUUGAUGACAAUAAAAUUGUUCUGAUCAAAGGAAUCAGCAAUGUCAAUUAUUUCUCAAUUAAACCAAACUUGACAAAGUCGAUAAUUAUUGGAGAUAACGGAGAGAAUUUAUAUGAAUGCGAUUUAAGAGUACUUAUGAAUAAGAGUCACCAAUCAGGACUUUUGGAGCCAAAAUUAAAUAUACAAGUGAUUGACUUGUCGAUUGCUAAUAGAUGUGCUGAUGAAAAAUGGCAUAUGGUUGAAUUACAUGGAACUACUGAGCAUCUUAAUGAUUCUAUUGCCAUAGCUGCAACGUCAUCAAGAAUGGUAAUCCUUAAGUAUGAUCCAAAAAUUGGCAGAUUUAAGCCUGUUAGAUCAUUGGAUACAGUCACAGCUAUAUCGGAUAUUCUUUUUACACAACAUUCAGCUAUUGUUGCAUGCGACAAGUUCUUUGAGGUUGAUUUGAAUUCUUACGUAGCUGAAGAGUUUUUGGACAUGUCCGAUUUGAGUUUGAGACCUACGAAAAAUAGUCAACCGAUUAGCGUUUUCCGAGUCAAUUCUCGUGAGUUCCUUUUGUGCUUUAAAGAUUAUGGUAUAUUUGUGGAUGAAUAUGGUUUGAGAGCUCGCGAAGAAAAUAUUCAUUGGAUGCAUGAACCAAGAAGUUUCUUUUUUAAAAACUUUUUACUUUAUAUCAUACAUGAUCAAAGUAUUCAGAUCCUUAAAAUUAGUAAUAGUGCUAGAAAGCAUGAAAAGGAAUCACUUACUGAUUUUAGUCAGUCGAGAGCAUUCAUGACAAUUGAUGGCGAUAAAAAGUUUACGCACAAUGGCUGCACAAAUGCUUAUUGUGUCAACAUAUUGAAGAACACAAAGAAUGAAAAUGGACAUAAUCUACAAGAUCUCAUUACCAUUGAUGCUGAAAAAGUAUUCAAAAUCAAUUUAAAUCGCUCAUUGACAUCACUCAUUUCUGACUCAGACACAUCUCUUGCCACAUUAAGUACAGCAUCAAGUAGCGGCGCUGAUACAAUAAAUUAA